AUGGAACAACCAGAUCAUCAAUCCCUAUUUCUGUACAACACUUUAACCAAAAAAUGCGAAAAGUUUACUCCAAACGAGGGAACUACCGUAAAAAUUUAUAUCUGUGGCCCAACCGUCUACGAUUCGCCGCACAUAGGACAUGCCAGGACAUACAUCUCAUUUGACAUAAUCAGGAGAGUCCUGAGAGAUUAUUUUAAAUAUGAUGUGAUGUUCGUAAUGAAUAUCACAAACAUUGAUGACAAAAUAAUUAAAAGAGCUGCAGAGAAAAAUAUCUCAUGCGAAGAACUGGGCAUGAUCUAUGAGAAAGAGUUUCUUGAUGAAAUGGAAAAUUUAAAUGUUCUUCGACCCGAUUUCAUCACAAGAGUUACUGAAUAUGUUCCUGAAAUUGUCAAGUUUAUUGAAAAAUUGGAAGACAAGGGCAUGGCAUAUGAAUCUAAUGGGUCGGUAUACUUUAAUCUAACAAAGUACAAGGAAACCUUCAAAUACAAUCUACUUAGGCCAGAGACUACAAACGAGGAAGAAGAGGAUAACUCAGAAAAGAAAUCGAGGGAAGACUUUGUGCUCUGGAAGGCCUCCAAACCGGGAGAACCAAUCUAUGAGAGCAAGUGGGGAAAGGGCCGACCUGGAUGGCAUAUUGAAUGCUCUGUCAUGGCAUCAGAGAUUCUUGGCAAGAAGCUCGAUAUUCAUGCCGGUGGCAUUGAUCUCGCAUUUCCACACCACGAAAACGAAGUGGCUCAGUGCCAAGGCUAUUUUGGGGAUUCCUGGGUGAAGUAUUUUCUUCAUACUGGCCAUUUGAACAUUGAUGGAUUGAAAAUGUCCAAAAGUCUCAAGAAUUUCCUAACCAUUAGGGAUAUUGUGCAGGCAAGCUCUCCCCUUCACUUAAGAGUGUUGUUUUUGCAACACCAGUGGAAUAAGGAAAUGAACUAUGAUCAGGAUCAGUUAAAAGAGGCAGAUGCCAUUCUUAAGAAGAUAUUCAACUUUGUUUCCAAUGCUGAAUCACUUGUUAAAAGAAAUGAUGCCAGACCACUCAACGAUCUUGACAGGAAGCUCAUUUUUGAUCUUGAAGCUUCCCGAGAAGAGGUUAAUUCGGCGCUGAGAAAUAACAUUAACACAAGCAAGGCAUUAGAUGUUCUGCUCGAUCUUAUUUCAAACGUGAAUAUUCAUCUGAAAAUAGCUCACACUGAUGUUCUUAGGCUACUUCUUAAUUUCAUUUUGCAAAUCUUGGGUAUUUUUGGAAUUUGCCAGAAAAAAGACGUCAAGAAUGAAGAUGAAAAGAUAGCCGAGCUCCUAAGUAGUUUUAGAAAUGAGAUAAGGAUAGCACUUAAGAACAAAUCAGACAGCAAAGGGUUGUUUGAAAUAUGCGACAAGGUCAGGGAAUCAAUCAAAGAGUUUGGAUAUGUUAUUGACGACAGUCAGUCAGGGUCUGUUUUAAGAAAAAGCAUGUAA